AUAUGUAUAAUAUUUUACCUAACUAAUAUGCCUAACCGAAGCUUUCUUUAAAUCCUUCGCUCCUUUCUUCCUCAUUUAUCCAAAAUGGGCUGGACUAGAGGCCAAAUCAUUGGCCGAGGCUCGACGGCCACCGUCUCAAUUGCUACCGUCGACGAGUCCGAUCAGGCUUUUGCUGUUAAAUCAGCUGAACUCUCACAAUCAGAGUUCUUGCAGAAGGAGCAAAGUAUUCUCUUUACAUUAAGGCCGUGCCCUCAAAUUAUAGCAUACAAAGGAUUCGAAGUCACUGAAGAAUAUGGUAAGCUCUUCUACAAUAUCUUCUUGGAAUACGCACCUGCAGGGACACUUACUGAUGCGAUUCGCCUCCGUGGAGGGUGUCUUGAAGAAGGCAUCAUUAGAUCAUACACUCGAGAAAUAUUGUUAGGGCUUCACCACCUUCAUUCUAAUGGGAUAAUACAUAGUGACAUUAAAUGUCACAAUAUUCUGGUCACUAGUGAUGGGCCAAAACUUGCUGAUUUUGGUUGUGCUAGACGGGUUGAUCAGUUUUGCUCUGCCACGGCGAGAACUACUAUUGCCGGUACUCCUAUCUACAUGGCACCUGAGGUGGCGCGUGGUGAACACCAGGGAUUCCCUGCUGACGUGUGGGCUCUUGGGUGUGCGGUUGUGGAAAUGGCCACCGGAAGAGCUCCGUGGACCAAUAUCUCGGAUCCAGUUUCGGCCAUAUAUCAAAUUGGGUUUUCAGAUAAAAGUAUGCCAGAAAUUCCAAGCUUUAUGUCGAAGCAAGGCAAAGAUUUUAUAAGCAAGUGCUUGAAGAGAGAUCCAGUGGAGAGAUGGUCAGCCAGUGAGCUACUUAACCAUUCUUUUAUUGCAGAGGAGGGUUUUAAUGUGGACAGUCCAACAAGUGUUUUGAAGGAGAUUAAUGUGGAUAGUCCAACAAGCGUAUUGGAGCACCAAGAAUUGUCCUUAUGGGACCCAAAUGAGGAGGUGGAGACAACUUGGAAAUGGACCCAUAAAAGCAAAGGAAAUCCACAUUCUCCAAUAGAAAGAAUCAGCAAGUUGGCCCAAACCCAGCCCCGAGUACCAAAUUGGGAAAGCGAUGACAAUUGGAUUACCGUAAGAGGAAAAGAUAGCACCCAAGAAAAGUUUGGCAGCUUCGUAGAUGCCAAUCAAGAAAUGGGUAAUAGUUAUACUUUAGGUGGGGAAUAUGUUUCUAUUAAUUCGAGCCACGACGAGCUGAUAUCAACCAUUGGUGGGCUGACCACAUUUAACACUAACGAUGCUACUAUUCAUAAAAUAUUACCUAUGGGUGUUCAUUGUUCUUGUACAAAUGAGUUAAUUUUUGACAAGAAGGAAAUACCAUUUCAGUGUUCUACUUCUACAUUGCAAUUCUUGCAUAAUUUUUCUUUUUCUUUUUCUAACAUGUUAUCAGGAUUACCUAAAAUCAACAGGAGUGUUAGAAAAUCCGAUGAAUAUAAUGAAAUUGGUUUGUGGGCAGCUUUUCCCAACUUGAUGAUUAGUGGACAAGUAUGAAAAUUCCAU